ACUAAUCUUACCGCAACACGAUGCCUGAGCCAGCUAAGUCCGCUCCCAAGAAGGGCUCUAAGAAAGCCGUCACCAAGGCUGCCGGAAAAGGCAAAGGAAAGCGCAGGAAGGCAAGGAAGGAGAGCUACGCCAUCUACGUGUACAAGGUACUGAAGCAGGUCCACCCCGACACCGGCAUCUCGUCCAAGGCCAUGAGCAUCAUGAACUCCUUCGUCAACGACAUCUUCGAGCGCAUCGCCUCCGAGGCGUCUCGUCUCGCUGUCUACAACAAGAAACGCACCAUCUCUUCCAGGGAGAUCCAGACCGCCGUCCGCCUCCUGCUGCCGGGUGAGCUGGCCAAGCACGCCGUGUCUGAGGGCACCAAGGCCGUCACCAAGUACACCAGCUCCAAGUAAAAUCCUCCAGCAGAAACUUUCUGCCGCCACCAAAACGGUUCUUUUAAGAGCCACCCAAUCAUUCUCAAGAGCAAACCACUUUGCAUUUGCAAUGUAGAAUAUCAAAUCACAGCCUGCUAUUAGCACUUAUUGGAAUUUGUCGUCGAAUAGACAAGUCUUUGAUGUGAGCUGAAUCGUUCAAGUAUAAUUUGAAUGUAACAAUUAGGGGUG